AUGCCGCUUUUAAGCAGCCACAUUUUCGGAUGCCUCGCCACCGGCAACAGCACCUGGAUUCAAUCACAGACCACGAGAAAAAGGUCUUAUGAACUACCAGCUAAAAACAGUUUCUUCGGGGAGGAUAAGAGAGUAAACCACAGCAAACUUAUCAGCGCGACGGGAAAUACCGCUACCUACAGUGAUGCACUAGGUGAUGCCACCGGUGGAAACCCAUCUGCCUACCUCGAUUGGAAAGAAAAGCAAUAUGCUGUCGAAAUGGCAGCAAUCAAACCACCAACGGCGACCGACGUUAUCUCGACCCUGCAAAAAACCAAUUUCUCCUCUGAGGACUCCAUUAUUGCUCUGACCAAUGUCCUUUACGUCAAUCAAGCCCCAACUCUCGUCCUCAGCUCCUCUGAUACUCAUAUCGUCGCCAUACAGCCCUCGUUUUCGCAGCUCGACAUCAAAGAUCUCGACGCGAAGAGUAAUGGACCUCCAACAAUGGACGAGGGUAUCUUCGAGAGGAGGGAUACUAAGGCUGGCCAAGAAGACACUCAACUUUACACCCCGUAUCUCGUGAAAUUGACAACGCGGUUACAAGCUGGAAAGUCGAAAAGUUCAACCCCGUCAAUCGGCCUCCAACUUGGCAAGCUAGUCGUCACAUCACCGACGCUAUUCCCACCAGGUGACCGAGCAGCAACGAAUACGAGUACUCCUUGGCAAGACACGAAUUACGUCGCUGUUCUCAACCCCGUCGACCGCAGUGUCUGGGUGUUAUUCAACUAUGAGCCUAUGGACGACAUUAUGGAUUCGGGUCGUGACAGCCUGCCAGUUCCGUUGCCUGGUACUACCAGUCCGGCGCUUGUACUACCCGAUGCGCCAGUGGGGCAAAUGCCAGUUUUUGACGUCGCGCAACUGCUUCCACCGGCGUCGGUCCAGAAGUGGGCACCUGAAGGUUCAACCCCGGUGUUAUUCACGAUCAGUGAAAUGGUGGGCAGUAUCCAGAGCACCUGUAGCAUGCGUGGCAUGGAGGCAAGCUAUCUUCUGUUGACUGAGUUAGCUGCGGGAUUGUCAUAGAAAGAUUGAACGUAGUUUUGAGCUUCUGAGUAUGAUGUAGCGAUAAUGAACCCCAUUGGAAUGAUUUUUCUUUCGCGUAGGACCAUUAAAAAUGUACGAAGUGGUGAUGGUCAUCCCUAGUCUAGCAGCGACGAUGAUGGAUGUUCGAGCG